CUCCGAGAGCGGCGGAGCGCUGGGCCGCUGGGAAAUCUGUCGGGGGAACUGUCGGAAUCGUCUCCGCGGAAGAGACGCGCACUGGCGGCGGGCACAGCAAGUUUUGCUGGUUUUAGUGGAAUUUAUUUUCAAAAUGGCUGCUACGAGGAGAUUGCAAAAGGAGCUCGGCGACCUUAGGGCGUCGGCGAUGAAGAAUUUCACAAAUAUUCAAGUAGACGAGUCCAAUAUCCUCACCUGGCAGGGCCUGAUAUUGCCGGACAAUCCACCUUAUAACAAAGGCGCGUUUCGCAUCGAAAUCAAUUUUCCAGCAGAAUAUCCUUUUAAACCACCAAGAAUAAAUUUCAAAACAAAAAUAUAUCAUCCAAACGUAGAUGAAAAGGGUCAGAUAUGUCUACCAAUUAUAAGCGCGGAAAAUUGGAAACCUGCUACAAAAACGGACCAAGUGAUCCAAGCUUUGAUAGCGUUAGUGAAUGACCCUGAGCCCGAGCAUCCUCUGAGAGCGGAUUUAGCCGAGGAAUUUCUAAAGGAUAGAAAAAAGUUUUUAAAAAAUGCUGAAGAGUUUACGAAAAAGCAUGCCGAGAAGAGGCGGGAAUCAUCAUCUUCUAACGAAUAACCCCAAAUGACUAGCUUUACUUACCGUCACCACCACGAUGCCUGCCGCCCGUCAGCUGAUUUAAACUCAAGCCAAUGUAUACCUGUCUGUUAAUCCCCAUGUGGAAUCUCACAUAUUCAAGUUGAGAUGACUCUGUACAGUAUUGGUUAACAACCGACGAUAUGAAUAUAACGCAAAUUGUAAUGUUUAUAAGAAGUGGGAUAUGAACUUUUCAGAGUACAGUAAAUUAUGAUAAAUAACUGUAUCAUAUUGUAUACAAUUUAUACUUGAAGUCAUAUGCAAUUAUACCUUUGAUUUGUCAUCGAAAGGUCGUUACAUUCCAGCUUAAUCCUGUAGGAAUGUAUACGAUGAUGAAAAAUGGUUCAGCAUAGAGACAUCAUGUUUGUCAGAUGUAGCAGCGUAUGUAAUACAGUAUGUAUUAAAGUACAUCUAAUUUUCAAUGUCGUUUAAGAUAUUAAUUUAUAAUUGCAUUUCGAAUUUAUAGCUACUGCUUUAUAACUGUUACUAAUAUUAAGAUUACAAGUAAUAAAAAAAAAGAACAACGUUUGCUCU